AUGUUGACCGCCCAGACCACGGGUCUAGUCCUGCAUCUAGAUCGGGAUGGGAUGGACAAUGGAGCAUUCUCCUUCAAUGGUCUCCUGGUUGGGUACGUGUUGGCAUCCAGUUCGGCUGCAGGGGAUUGGUACGGGUACCUGGUGUUUCCCGUAGUCAUAUGUGGCAUGUUAAGCACACUCCUGAGCAGCGCCCUCUCCGUUCUGCUCUCCAAAUGGGGAAUCCCCUCAUUCAACCUGGCGUUCAACGUUGUAGUUGUCUCCUUCAUAGCAGCCACCGGUCCACACAACCCUCACUUCCCCCAGCAGGGAGGGGGACCUAGCCCGGCGGCAUGGGGAGUCGAAGCAUUGGAUUGGCUUCAGGUACUAGCCAGCAUUCCACGAGGUAUAGCCCAGUGUUAUGGCAGUGAUAGUCUCAUUACGGGUUGUUUAAUGAGUGUUGGUAUGCUGGUCUGUUCCCCCAUCGUCUUCAGUCACUGCCUGUUAGGCUCAAUACUGGGCGCUUUAACGGGUCUGGCUCUUGCAGCUACCCCGGCAGAGAUCUAUGACGGAAGCUGGGGAUACAAUUCAGCUCUCACAUGCGGGGCGAUAGGGGGCGUCUUCUAUGUAUUGAAUUGGUCGUCACAUUUGAUGGCACUUAUUUCUGCCAUCUUCGCAGCUAUGGUGAGAGGGGCAAUGGCCCGAUUUUUCGCUGCUGCCCAGGUCCCCGUGGUAGCCUUCCCCUUCUGCAUUGUAGCUGCUCUCUUCUUAUUGGUGGACAGCAACACCAAACAGCUUCUGCGCGUGCCCGGUGACCGCAUGACCUACCCGGAAGAACAUCGUAAACUUUUCAAGUCGACCACUGUUGGAGUGACGAACGUACAACCCGAUCAAGACCCGACGUAGCUCAAGAAAAAGAAACAUUCAGAACGACAAUCAGUGUUUGUUUUGUAUAACCUUGAACACACAAACUAUGAAUAAUUUGAUAAAGGAUUGCUCUUGCAUGGUGAAUGUAGUUUCUUUUUAAGGACGACUUCAUGCAACA